AUGAGAAAGGUGAUAUUAUCUCCUUUUGGUGUGUAUAUGGAUUUAUUUUUUUAUGGAGAAUCAUUUUUUAAAUAUUUUAUUAAAAUGGUAAAAUAUACUCAAUAUUCACCAAAUAUGAUGAAAAAUAGAAAAAACAUUCAAAAACACUUUAAGAAUCAUUACUGGUAUACUAUAUCGAAUAAAAUGGUAUACUAUAUCGAAUAAAAAGGUAUACUAUAUUAAAAUGAAUUUAAAAUAAGCCUUUGUUGAUUUUUAAUAAUAAAAUAAUUGAUUUAGCAGGGUUUUUUUUAUCAGGAGAGUAAUAUAUUUUGGAAAAAGUAAAAGGUCGAGAAGUAUCUAGAUUCUUAUCUGGAGUUUGUAAUUUAGAAGAUGGAACAGCCUUACAAUAUCCUCAUUCUAAAAAUGCUAUUACAUUAUUGAAAAAUCAUGUUUUUGUACAUAUAAAUAGUAAUUGAAAGAAUCUGGAUACAAUAACUAUUUGGAUUAACUAAUUCUCAAUAUCAAAUAAUAAUUCAAUUUACUACAAUUCAUUCUUUUGGCAAAUAUUUUUAAAUAUGAUCUCUCAAAUCCACAAAAACUCCAAUCAGGUAAUACACUUGUAUAAUUU